AUGGCGGAGCUCCGGCUUCGUUUUGGCAAGGGAGCUAACGCUAUUGUGCACAAAAUAUGUCACCGGCACCUCCUUGAAACUCAGAGCAAACACGGUAAAUGUGCCACAGUCGUCCCGUCUCUGUCUGCUGGGUUUCUGUCGGUUGACAUUCACAAUUGCGGCCAGAGUGGAGCCGUUGACGUUGUGACCGCUGGAGCUCCACCGGACGGUUACACAAGGGUAAACCUGCCGCCCUGCACCGGUAACUAUGUGUGGGGACAUGGCUCUGUGGCCGAAGGGGACACUUUUAUUGGACUUAAGAAAGACUAUACGGUUUCUGAAGAGAUUUGCAUUCAAAUUAGAGGAAGACAUAUCUCUCGGUACCGGAGUCCAGCCGAGUUUCGGAGGACUUUCUGCUCGCCAAGGACUCUUCGUAAACACUUGUGUUUGAGACCCGGACAGGUGGUGUUUAUCAGGACUUUCAGCGAGGAAGGAGGCCGCUCUGUGCCGCUUUACAGAAGCAAAACAGGCUAUUAUGACAUCCUUGAGGUGUCACCCACCGCCACUCAAGCCCAGAUAAAAACAGCCUACUACAAGCAGUCCUUCAUCUACCAUCCAGACAGAAACUCCGGCAGCGACGAGGCCACUGUCCGCUUCUCGGACAUCAGCGAGGCUUACGCCGUGCUGGGUCACAAGGGGCUGAGGAAGAAGUACGACCGGGGUCUGCUGAGUCUGUCCGACCUCACAUCCAAACCCUCCGCCAAGGACACCGCCGGGAGCUCGGCCAAACAACAUCCCGAGAGUCGGCGGUCUACCGUGGGAAUAGAAAGACGAGGAGAUAUCUUUGAUUUCGACGACUUCAUCAAGUCUCAUUACGGCGAGCAGCUGCAGAGGCAGCAAAACAUCCGAGUCCGCAAAGAGGAGAUGCUGAAGAAGAAACAGGAGACGGUGGCCGAGAUGAAGCUUGGCUGGAUGUUGGAGCUGGGAGUUGGGGUUCUUAUGAUGAUGGCCGUGGGUGUAAUAAUUAGCUUAAAACGGGGCUGAAGUGAGGAAGGAUGGAUCACUGGACACUGAUACUGUUGGGGCUUAGGGCUGGGCAAUAUAUCGAUAUUAUAUCGAUAUUGUGAUGUGGCAUACGUGUUGUCUUUUCACUGUUUUAAAGGCUGUAUUACACUAAAGUGAUGUACUUUUCUGAACUUACCAGACAGUUAUUUGUCUUUACCCACUUAGUCAUUACGAUCAAAUUACUGAUGAUUGUUAACCAAACAUCUCUGUGUAAAUAUUUAGUGAAACCGCAGAUGGUUAUCUCUACAAUAUUGUCACAAUAUUGAGGUACUUGGUCAAAAAUGUUGUGAUAUUUGAUUUUGUCUACAACACCCAGCUCUGUUGGGGCCCUUUAAUCAUCACAUGUCACACAGAUGUUUAAGUAAAACUUCAUCUUCUACCCCAGAGACAUGAACAAUUAAAUAUCUGUAAAAUCACAAAGUAUGAUUCACAAUCAUCCUUUGUGUCAGUGUGACAGUGCAAUAGUGCAAUAUUUUUUAAAGAUCACAUUCUCCUCCUGCAAGUUGCAAUCCAAAGACUUAACUGUAAUGUGCAUUAGAGCUGCAACAAUUAGUCAAUUUAAUUGUUAACUAAUAAUCAGUAACUACUUUGAUCAUUGUUCUUAGUCACUUCUUUAAAGCAUACAUGAUGUAAACUGAGUAUCUUAAGAUGUUGGACUGCUGAUCAGAUAAAAUAAGACAUUUGAAGACAUUACACUGUGCUCUAAAGAAUUAUUAUAACAGACAUUUUCCAGUAUUGACAUUUUAUGACAAAACGAUUAAGUGGUAAUAAAUAAUGAUCGUUAGUUGCAGCUGUAAUGUGCAUAAAGCUGUGAUGAUUACUCAGUUACUUGAUGAGGGAAUUAUCGUCAACUCUUUUGGAAAGAGUUGAGAGUAAGUUUCAGGCACAAAUGUCUAACAAUUGUGUUGCCAAAAUAUAUUUGAAGUUUUAUGACUGUUGAUUGGCCAAAACAAUAAUUUGAAGCCAUCACCUGUGGCUUUACGAAACUAUGAUGGGCAUUUCUCACAACUAUAUGGCAUUUUAUAAAUAAAAUUAUAAAUUGCCACUAAAAAAAAACUGGUAACUGGAGCCCCACAUGUGCAUACGAGUAAGCAUGUGCCACAAAAGAAGUGCAAUAUUUAUAUGAACACAUCAAAGAAAAGUGUUCAUUAGUUUCUUUUCCUUUUAUUUUUUGCUUGGUGAUCGAGUCUCUUUUAGUUCUGUUUGUCAUGUUAUGAGCAUUUCAUCACAUGCUGACAGAGAAACCUGCAGUGGUUAACAACCUUUUAGUGCCACUGUUAAAGACUUUUGACUUUUAUAAAGUCAUCUGUCACACAUAUUUCUAUUUAUGGAAGCAAGUUUUGAUUAUGGUCUCAGUUUCUUGAGAGACCAUUAAACAGGGAAAUGUACAGUUGUGGUGAGAUGGUUGAGUUGAAUAAU